AUGGGUCCGAAAAAAGCUGACAAUACGAGCAAAAGCCGUAGGCAGUCUCAAGUUGCUUUGGCAGCAACAGAAGAUCAAGAAGAUCACCAGUGCGUCGGUAGAUUUGCUGCUGAUUUGGAAUUUUGUUGCCGUGAGCCAUCUUCAGGUUAUCCUGUAAAUAUUCCUGUGUACAUUCGUGGUCAUCCACCGCCAUCAUCACAAAUUCCUUCAGUUUCACAACAAUCAGGUACCCACUCACUAGUAUCAGUUACUCCAUCGCUUGUUGGCGGUACUGCUGAAGAGCAGUUACCAUCUCAAUCGAAGCGGUCAUCGCGUGGAAGAAUUCCUUCUAUUAGUCAGAGUGGGAUUUUAGCAGUCGUUGACAAUGAUAACAAAUCAUCCAGUACUCCAGGUCAAGAACCUUCAAAAUCAUCUUCAUCACAUUAUAAAACAUUUCAUCUAAUGCGCGAUAGUGAUUAUUUUCGUCCAAAAUUAUUAGUAGAUUCAACCGGUAAUGAAAAUGAGCCAAUCGAUCAAAUAAAUGCUCUAUAUAUGAAGGGUAUUGGUUUUUAA